GAAAUAUGCUGUAUUAUUUAUUUCAAUCCAGAUGGCUGCUUCUGAGUUUUCCAGUAAAAACAGAAGGGAAAAGCCGGAGGGUGGAGACCAGGUCUGACAUCAGAGUAAUGUGGAUCUCCCACUCAUUUAAGAGUCAGGCCGAGCCAGGAGCUCACAACAGCACGGCACACAGGAAAACAGCACAUCUGCAGGAAAACAGCACAUCUGGAUUUGCUUUUUUGGAGGAGUGAGAUAUCCAUAGAAACAUGGCGCGCAAUGAAGUAACAACAUCACCCAUCCUUUCCACAAUCCCUACGAACGUCUCCAGCAACAACCUCACCAACGACACCCAUUGUCCGCACUGGGAAUUGUGGGACUGGCUGUACGUCAUGCAGCCUACUUACAUGUUCAUCAUCUGCGUGCUGGGAAUCCUGGGAAACAUCUUCGUCCUGUUGGUCUUCGGCCUGCAUAAGAAAGCAUGUACGGUGGCGGAAAUCUACUUGGGGAACCUGGCGGCUGCUGACCUCCUGCUGGUCUUGUGUUUGCCGUUCUGGGCCAUCAACAGCAUCGAUGCGUUUAACUGGCGAUUUGGCUCGCUCAUGUGCAAACUAGUCAACACAGGCAUCAGAAUGAACAUGUUCUGCAGUAUUUACUUACUAGUGUUGGUAAGCGGCGACCGCUACAUUGCACUCGCCCACGCAUUGUCACGCGGUAGAAUGAGGCGACCGCGGUGCGCCAAGCUCAACUGCAUCGCCGUCUGGGUUUUCGGAUUAAUCCUCAGCAUCCCAACGCUUCAUUUCCGGGACACUCAACUCAUCCCGGAGCUGAACAUCACGGCUUGCAUUCUGAACUAUCCGAGCCCCAACAUCGGCCUCCUGUGCGACAUUCUUCUCAUCUUGCUAGGCUUCAUCGUCCCAUUUUUGGUGAUCUCCUACUGCACGCUGAAGAUCAUCCGAGCUCUGCGCGAGCAGGUCAUCAACCGCUUCAAUGCAGAAAACACUGAAAGGAAAGCCACUGUCCUGGUGCUGGUGGUGCUGAUGGUGUUUCUCUUGUGUUGGGUGCCGUUCUAUCUCGUGACCCUCAUGGAUAUCCUGAUGCGCUUCGCCGUCUUCGGAGGAUGCGACUUUGAAACCGCCGUGGACGUCUCCAAUCAGAUAUUCACCUACUUGGCUUUGAGCAACAGCGUGUUGAACCCAAUACUCUACGUGAUCGUGGGCAAGAACUUCAGGAAGAAGGUCAAAGAGCUGAUGAAGCAACUUACGGAAAAAAAAAAUGAUUCGACGAGCAGUUCUACAAGAUCACAGCUCUCGUCAACCUUAAAGACCUUCACCACAUUUUAAGAACAUUAUGUAAAAAAUGUCCAUAGGCACAAAUUAAAAUGAUAAAUUAAUGUUUGUUCAGUGAUUUUGACGUACACUAAAAAUGAAGUUGUAAAUAGAUUAUUGAUGUAUGUUUUACAAGAAAAUACUAUUUCAGUGUUCCAUUUCAGAUUUCAUUCAAUGCAUUACUUGCUGUUUCUUUGUAAUUAUUUGUAAAAUUUACUAGCAAAUAUUGAGUGGAAAUUGUGUAAGUCCUACACCAAAUUUACAGACCUUCACAUUUUGAGCCUUUUAAGUUGUAGCAUCAUGUCCCUCCCAACCAACAACUGGUGAACCCCCAAAGAGUCGUCUACGAUUACAUUUAAUUAUUGUCUUUGUAUCUUUGUUUUUGUUUUGAGAUAUUGCAUAAUAUAUUCAAAAAAAAAAGGUGUGAAGAGGAGAUGCCCCAAGUAAUUUUUUUUUAUUCUCUGAAAAUUCUCAGAAUGUCAGAAACACUGUAAUCCAGAUUGAAACAAUAUUUUUCUUGUACAUUUUUUUUCUGCGACAGAAAAUAUAUCUGUCCACUACAGUGGACGUCAUGCAUCAAAGGGCAUAAUUCUGCCUAUGGGCCUUUAUGUAUAUAUUCUGCCUUAUUUUAUUAAAAGUAUGAUAUCAUUUA